UUGGUUAGAGAGCGUGGAGGAGGCUUAGCCCGAUGCCGACAUUGGGUUGGAUGGCAUCAAUUUUCAGCAGUGAGAUCAACUAUGUCUGACGCUGAGGAUCGACUGAUGGUCGACCUGUUCAAGGGCUACAACUCAUUAGUGCAACCAGUACGAAAUAAGAGCGAUCUACCAAUGAUCGUCAAGAUCGCAAUGCAACUCAUUCUGCUCGUUAAUGUGGAUGAGAAAGAGCAGGUGAUGCACACAAACGUGUGGUUGACCUUGAAAUGGCAAGAUUUUCAAAUGCGCUGGGAUCCGAAGAACUAUGACGGUAUAAAGCAGAUCCGUGUCGCUCCAGACAAAAUCUGGCUUCCCGAUAUUGUGCUUUUCAAUAACGCCGACGGCAAUUACGAGGUGUCGUUCAUGUGCAAUGCACUCGUUCACCAUACCGGGGAGGUGCUUUGGGUGCCACCAGCAAUCUACAAGAGCAGCUGCAUCAUCGAUGUCGAGUUUUUUCCGUUCGACGACCAACGGUGCAGCUUAACAUUUGGAAGCUGGACGUACAACCGGGACGAAGUUAAACUUGAUUUCCUUCACUCUGACCGAGUUGACUUCUCCGAGUAUGCAACUUCGUCCAUUUGGGACAUGAUGGAUGCGCCGGCGAUUCUCACUGAAGAUCGUAGCCGAAUCGAGUUUCAAGUCCAAAUCAGGAGAAAAACGUUAUUCUACACUGUUGUUCUGAUUCUUCCGACCGUGUUGUUGGCUUUUCUGAACGUUACCGUCUUCUAUUUGCCCACCGCUUCCGGCGAGAAAAUGGGGCUGACGAUGAACAUGCUACUUUCAAUCGUCGUGUUUCUGCUGCUGGUGUCAAAAAUUCUGCCACCGACGUCGUUGUCGAUUCCGUUAGUGGCGAAAUACCUUCUGCUGACGUUCGUGCUCAAUAUCAUCACAAUUCUGAUAACUGUCGUGAUCUGCAACAUUUACUUUCGAUCGCCAAUCACUCAUCGACUUCCACCCUGGGUCCGAAGCGUCUUUUUGGAUUGGUUGCCGUUGUUGUUAUGCAUGCAACGUCCUCGAAGAAAGAACGUGCUACAUCACAAGAGCAACAAUUCCUCGAACAGUAAAGGGACCAGUCAACAGCUCGCCAUGCAGAAUCACCAUCCACACUGUCGUGCUGCUGACAGCGUCCGGUACCGUCCAUCGCAUAACGAACUGGCUCCAGAUGCACAGCGAGCUGUUGAUGCUAUUGAAUUUAUCACUGAAAAUCUGAAAGAUGAUGAAACCACGAAACAGUACCGAGAUGACUGGAAAUUUGUCGCGAUGGUGGUGGAUCGUCUCCUCCUGUAUGGCUUUUUUGGCAUUACUCUUGGUGGCACUAUAGGAAUCGUGUUGUCGGCGCCGACGGUGUUCGAACGAGUCGACGAACACAAGCAUCUACAGAAGCUCAUUCAGCUUUACAAGCAAGGUCUUCCGAUCAAUGACUCUAUGAGCAUGCCUUUAUUCUGA